GGCAGCAUGACAGCUGGCAGCUGGUGUUCACAUUUGCGGCGACGCUUAUCUUUAAUAUUUGUCCAUUGGCAAAAAAUUUAAAUUUUGGCACCUCGCAUUCGAAGAGCCGGUAAAGUAAGAAAAUGGUUUUGCCAGCGGGAGAUGUUGUUUUAUAUAGCGUUCUUGGAGUAAUCCUUUUGGAAAACAUAUUUGAUAUCUACAUAACAUAUCGUCAGAUAAGAGUAUACAGAACAGCUUUGAAGGUGCCCAGAGAGCUCAAAGACUGCAUGAACGAUGACACAUUCCAGAAAGCUCGUCUUUAUGGCCUUGACAGAGCCUCAUUUGGCGUAUUUAGUGCCAUUAUAAAAGAUGUUAUUCUAAUGUGUAUUGAACUCUAUACUGGCUUCAUUGCUGUGCAAUGGGCUUGGGCUAUAGAUUUGGCAAAACUGCUGCAUUUAAAUGCCGAUAAUGAAAUAAUUGUCAGUUGCUUAUUCGGACUUGUUACCAGCGUAAUAGGUACAUUUAAGGAUCUUCCAUUUAAGAUUUACUCGGUAUUUGUACUGGAAGAAAAGCAUGGCUUCAAUAAACAAACUGGAGGAUUUUUCGCCUGGGAUCAAGUAAAAGGUUUUCUCGUUACACAAAUUUUAAUGGUUCCUAUUAUUUCCGCAACCGUCUGGAUUGUGCAGAACGGCGGUGAUCAAUUCUUUAUUUGGUUGUGGCUUUUCACAGGCAUCACAUCGUUAGUUUUGCUUACUAUCUAUCCAAUAUUCAUUGCGCCACUCUUCGAUAAGUAUACACCACUUGAGCAAGGUCCAUUACGUAAAUCCAUUGAAGAUCUUGCGGCCAUGCUGAAAUUCCCUCUUACCAAAUUGUACGUGGUAGAGGGUUCAAAACGUUCAUCGCACAGCAAUGCCUACUUCUAUGGUUUAUGGAAUUCGAAACGCAUUGUACUAUUCGACACUUUGCUACUGAACAAAGGCAAGCCAGAUGAUUCUGAAUUGAAAGAGGAAGAUAAAGGCAAAGGAUGCACAAAUGAAGAGGUACUCGCCGUACUGGGCCAUGAGUUGGGUCAUUGGAAGUGUGGUCAUGUCACGAAAAACAUUAUUAUAGCACAAGUACAUUUACUUCUAUUAUUCGUCGUGUUUGGUUAUUGCUUCACUUAUGGACCAUUCUAUGAAGCUGUCGGUUUCCAACCUGGUACACGCCCAAUCAUCGUAGGUUUGCUUGUCGUAUUCACCUAUGUAAUGGCACCCUAUAAUGCGAUUGUCAAUUUUGCUAUGACAACACUAUCACGUUACUUUGAAUAUCAAGCUGAUGAGUUCGCACAUGGAUUGGGCUUCUCAAAGCAGUUGGGUCAAGCUUUGAUCAAAUUGAAUUUAGACAACUUGGGUUUCCCUGUUUACGAUUGGUUGUACUCGGCCUGUAAUCACUCGCAUCCAACGCUCUUACAACGUAUGGACCGACUAAAGCAGUUAGAUGUCGAACAAAAAACGCAGAAAAAAGAAAACUAAAGACGGAGCUGGUGCUAUGCGUGUCUAUGAUAAAGGAUUCAGCUUCUUUACAGAUGUCAUCGCUUUUAAACAUAAAAAGCCGCACAGUUACAGUUUCUCGCCGCUGUACUAGUCCCACGUCGAUUUCAAUUAUUAAUCAAAUCUCUUUUAUAAAUAUUUUUUAAUAUUUGUAUUUUUCGUUGUACAAAUUUAGUUUUAUUCAUGAAAAAUAAAUCGGAGAAGCUUUUAAACAAACGAUUACAUUUAUUUUAA